AUGUCUUACACAACAUCGGCGCACUUGAGCAGAGGUCAAAUAUCUAUCGCGAUCGCUGGGGGGACCGGCAGCCUCGGCCGUGAAAUAUCCACCGUGUUCCUGACCGCACCUUAUAGAGUGUUCUUCUCCCAGGUAAUCGUCUUCACGAGAGACAUCAACUCCGCGAGCGCGCGUGCACUGGCGGGUCUCGGAGCAGUCUUGCACCAGAUUGUGGCGCAACCUGAUAGCGGCUCUGAGGAUAAGGACGUGCUACGGGAUGCACUGCGUGGUGUCGACGCUGUCAUCAAUGCCCUUGGCGGGGACGCGGACAAAGGUUUGAUGGAUCGAUUGUUCGACGCGGCGCUCGCUUCUGGCGUCGCUGUGUACUUUCCGAGCGAGUUUGGGGCAGACCAUCGUUUAAACAAUUUCCCGGGAUUCGAGCACGAGGUGUGGGCGCACAAGCGAGAGCAUGCGGCGCGCGCAAGAGCGCGCGUCGUGGAAAACAGCGGAGACAUGAAGAUCAUUGCGGUGUAUGUUGGGUGGUUCAUGGAGGAGGCAAUUCGCCCGAUAUAUGGCUUCGACACCGACCGAGGCGUAUACACCUGCUAUGGAUCCCCAAGCCAAAAGUUCGCGCUCACUUCCAAGGCGGACGUAGCCCGCGCAGUGGCCGAGCUCAGCAUCCUAUCCAUGUCGCCCGUCAUGGCUUCGAGCGUGCCGGACCACGUACGGAUCGCGGGACAGAUCGCGAGCUACGAGAAGGUGAAGGAUGUCGUCAAGCAGGAGACGGGCAUCGAGGUUACGCUGGCGAGCGAGGAUCUAAGGCAGCACAAGGUGCGAUUAGAGGAGAAUAGAGCGGAGGGGCCGAUUGAGUAUAUUAGGGUACUCAUGGGAGAGGGAAAACUCGACUUUUCAGGCGAUGUUCAGAACGAGCUGGUCAAUCCGGAUGAACGGUCCUGGAAGUGGAAGACGUUAGAAGAUGAGAUACGUGAGGUGAAAGGCGGCGUACUGAGGUAG